CUUUAGCACUCUCGUUAUGUAUACAGGUGUGUUAUUUUAUCACUAUCUACCUCUUUUACUCCAGCUCUCUUUCUCAUGAGCUGGAACUCUGCUUAAUACCAACACAUACACGUUGUGCGCUGAAGUCAACAGAUAGAUAACUUGUUUUUGAACGUGGUUACCAAUAGUUUGUGGCUGAAUAGGUUUCAGUAGUUAAACGUGUUUAUCUGACGAAUGCAACAACACCUAGAUAUUUAUUUUUUCUCCGUUUGUUUUGAUUUUAUACUUAACAAAACUACAUAAACAAAAUUUACAACAAUAAAUAUAAAUAAAACAUACCUACACAGUUUACUUACUAAUAGAAAGAAAAAGUGAAAAUUGAAAUCAAAACAAAACAAAACAAAUCGUUUAAAUAACAGUGAAUUUCGAAAUAUAAAUAAACAAACGAACGAAAAAAAUAAGUGCAAAGUAUCUUUAAGAUACGCCUUUAUGGAAAUCCCUAAAACUAACUAAGAGAACAACUGUACGUAAAACAACGCGGAAUAAUAAAAAAAAUAAAUUACAAAAACAUCACACUAUCAUGUCUUAUGGGGCAGAGCGUGCUUUGGCCUAUUUUUACCCCUUGGUUAUAGUGUCAUCGGUUAUAUGCUGCAUAACAUCGGCUGUGGCCUGGACACAUUGGCGCUACGUCUUAAAUGCCUGUCCAGACACCAAUUGCGGUUGUUAUCUACAUGCCCAAUCCACCUUCCAUUCAUUCCAAGGUGGUCCUAUUGCGUACUGUCAUUAUGCCACAUAUGGCCAGCUGUUGCCUCUACUCUUUUGUGUAGUUUUGGGCAUUUAUCAUGUGUAUCGUGUGUGCAUGGGCACUGCCAAGAGGAAGACAGGAACUACAACAAUUAGACAAAGAUCCGGUGACAUGGUUGUUGUGACUACGGAAUCUGAACUAACCGAUAAUGAUAUAUCACCUUAUUAUUGGCUACCGACCAGUAUUAUUGCAUGCUUUAUGGCCAUUUAUACGCUGAUUUAUGCUUCCAUUUACACUGAUGGUUUUGAGGUGACAUGCAAACAAUAUCGUGAAUCCCUGCUAAAGGAAAUCCAGGGUGUGGGUAACAUAGUACCGGUUAUCAAAAGUCGCCUCUCCUGUUCGGCUAUAUUUGACUUUAUGGAUUAUUUAGUGCAGAGCUCUUCGUUUGAGAGGCGUAAAUAUGGACACAUUAAUAGUUCCAUAUGCUUUCAUUUGACUUUAAUUUUCGGCUGGAUUGCAGUAUUCGGUUGGAUUUUUAUAGCCAUUAUAAAUAUAGUACAAACAAAACGAACACGACCAGCAAGAGUUUAAAUUUGUAUCGCAUUUUCAAUUUAUUUAUAAAACAAAUAAUUAUAUACAAAAUAUAUGUAGGUUCAAAUGCCAUGAAAAUGAUUUUUAAAAUGUUGAAAAAAUUUGUAUUAUACUGUUGCUAUAAAUCCGUACAUGUAUGUAAUAAUAAUAAUAAUAAUUUAAGUUUUUUAAAUAAAAAGCCACAACUAAUUGUUUUAUAAUGCAUAGUUUUAACGUAAGAUAUAUACAGACAAAAUAAAGAUAAACGUUUUUUAUUAAUCCA